AUGAAGUACAACCUACUCCUCGCAGGCCUGCUGGCCGUUGGCAGUGGCAGCGCCGCACGCACUUCUCACAUUGAGGGCGAGGUUGUUGAGCGCCUUCGCAGCGUCCCAGAGGGCUGGACUGAAGUUGGUGCCCCGCAUCCAGACCAGAAGCUGCGCUUCCGCAUUGCAGUGCGUUCGGCGGAUCGCGAGCUGCUUGACAGGGCGCUCAUGGAAGUUUCGUCCCCCAGCCAUCCUCGCUAUGGACAGCACUUGAAGCGCCACGAGCUGAAAGACCUCGUCAAGCCGCGAGCUGAGUCGACUUCGAAUGUUCUCCGUUGGCUCGAGCAGUCUGGCAUUGAGUCGAGGGACAUUCAGAAUGACGGCGAAUGGAUCAACUUCUACGUCCCGGUCAAGCGCGCGGAGCAGAUGAUGGAAACUACCUUCAAGACCUACCAGAGCGAGUCCCGGAACGACAUCAAGAAGAUCCGCUCUCUGGGGUACUCGGUACCAAAGCACGUGCGAGAUGACAUUGACAUCAUCCAACCCACGACUCGCUUCGGCGAGAUCCGCCCGGAACACAGCCAAGUCUACAGCAAGGAGGCAGUCCCUGUCUCAGCCCUUGCUGUCAACGCGACAUGCAACCUCAGGAUUAACCCCGAUUGCCUUGCGGAGCUCUACAACUUCAAGAACUACGAAGCCAAGAAUGCCAGCGUUACCUUUGGAGUUAGCGGUUUCCUGGAGCAAUAUGCGCGCUUCGCUGAUUUGUCGCAAUUUCUCACUCGAUUUGUGCCAAAGGCAGCCGGCACUACGUUCGGAGUUACAUCUGUGAAGGAGGGACCUUUUAACCAAAACUCCACAGCGGACAGUGUAGAAGCCAACCUGGACAUUCAGUACACUGUAGGUCUCGUUGCGCCCGCGAUCAAAACACAAUUCUACACCGUUCCUGGCCGCGGACCACUGGUUCCUGACCUUGACCAACCUGUUGCGGACAACAGCGACAACGAGCCUUACCUGGAUUACUUCACCUAUCUCGUCGGCCUUGAAGAUGACGAGCUCCCAGAGGUGUUGUCAACGUCGUACGGCGAGAACGAGCAGAGUGUGCCUCCUGCAUACGCAAAGAAGGUCUGUGACUUGAUCGGCCAGCUCGGUACCCGUGGUGUUUCGGUCAUCUUCUCGAGUGGUGAUACUGGCCCCGGCUCGGCCUGCCAGACCAACGACGGAAAGAACACGACACGUCUCUUGCCCGUCUUCCCUGCUUCCUGCCCAUACGUCACCUCAGUGGGUGGCACAUCUGGUGUUUCUCCUGAAGCAGCCGUUGACUUCUCUUCUGGUGGCUUCUCCGAACUUUGGCCUCGACCUGCAUACCAAGACAAGGCUGUUCCUGCAUACCUCGAGAAGCUUGGAAACCGCUGGGAAGGUCUCUACAAUCCUCAAGGACGUGGAUUUCCAGAUGUUGCGGCCCAGGGCAAAGCCUUCCAGGUCUACGACAAGGGUCGGGUGGUAUCGGUUGGCGGAACCAGCGCUUCAGCACCUGUUUUUGCGUCUGUGAUUGCACUCUUGAACAACGCUCGCAUGGCGGCCGGUAUGCCUUCGCUGGGAUUUUUGAAUCCAUGGAUCUACGAGGAGGGCUACAAGGGUUUGAACGACAUUGUUGAUGGAGGCUCGCGUGGCUGCACCGGCAGGUCCAUCUACACGGGAUUGAAGGCAGGUUUUGUGCCCAACGCUUCUUGGAAUGCCACGGAAGGAUGGGAUCCGGUGACGGGCCAUGGUACGCCUGACUUUGAGAAGCUGCUCAAGCUCACGGCUAUGCCCAAGUAUGUCGAGCGCCGCGUUCGUCGUGGCGGUCUCAGUGGCCAGGCCUAGAUGAUGUGUUGCAGCAAGUGUGAUUGCUCAGCGGCCGGCCGAGACAUCCCAGAUGUCGUGAAAUGAGAUGCGCAGGGAGCGAGCGGCCUGUAGAAUAAGC